CUCUCUCCACUGUUACUGGUCCUCCUUUCAUCGCUUCACUCACAAGUUGGAGUCAGUUGAUCCGGAGCCCACAAACUCGCUCGCCUCACAGUUACGAACAGAGCCGAGAAACGGGACAUGCUGGUCAGUGGACGCUUUUCUGUCCACUUACGAAGUGCCCUCAGAAGUUAUCCCGGUCUCAGAGCUCAGAUUCGCGCAGUCGGUGACCGUUAUAAACGCCGUAUGUGUGGAGAAUGGGCAGCUGGAAUGUGUGGAGAAUAAGGAUGUAAACGGCGGGAAAGAAGCCCGGAGACACGGGAGAGACACCAGACAGUCCUCAAAUCCUAUGGCUUGAAGUUUCAGGCGUCUUCUCUGGCAGGAGCUCAUGGAUUUCCUCGUGGAGUAUGCCAACAAUGAGACUUACCAUGACAACGAGACAGAGGCCUUCAACAGCACUGGCUGCGAAGCCAAGCACCAGUAUAACUAUUAUGCCAUGCUCCUGACACUACUCAUCUUUGUCAUCGUUUUUGGCAACGUGCUGGUGUGCAUGGCUGUCUCGCGAGAGAAAGCCCUGCAGACCACCACUAAUUACCUGAUCGUCAGCCUGGCAGUGGCGGAUCUUCUGGUGGCCACGUUAGUCAUGCCCUGGGUGGUGUAUCUGGAGGUUGUGGGAGAGUGGCGCUUCAGUAGAAUCCACUGUGACAUCUUUGUCACACUGGACGUCAUGAUGUGCACAGCCAGCAUCCUUAAUCUGUGUGCUAUUAGUAUUGACAGGUACACAGCUGUUGCCAUGCCGAUGUUGUACAACACGCGGUACAGCUCGAAGCGGCGCGUAACUGUAAUGAUCUCGGUGGUUUGGGUUCUCUCCUUCGCCAUCUCCUGCCCCCUGCUGUUUGGGUUAAACAACACAGCAACACGUGACGAUGCUGUGUGUGAGAUCGCCAACCCGGCCUUUGUGGUCUACUCCUCCAUAAUGUCCUUUUACGUACCCUUCAUCAUCACGCUCCUCGUCUAUGUGCAGAUCUACGUGGUGCUGCGUAAGCGUCGGAAACGGGUCAACACCAAGCGUAGCUGCCAGAAGGCUGAUGCUGAGCCCCAGCCUCCGCUCAAGGAGAAGUGCACUCACCCGGAGGACGUGAAACUCUGCACAGUUAUCGUUAAAACCAAUGGGAGUUUGCCUGCCAAAAACAAGAAAACAGUAAAGGUGGUCCAGCAGGGCGGUGGUGUAGAAAUGGGUCUGGUGGCCAGCACCAGUCCUCCAGAGAAAAUGAAGCUGGCAGCCACCUCAGCAGGAAACCUUCUGGCCAGCCAGAGCCCCAGCCACGCCUCACCUUCGCACGAGGAAUGGCAGCCCAACAGCGACGGGAAGAACGGCCAUGCCAAGGAUGCCCAGACCCCCAAAGAGGCCAAACCCUUCGAAACGCAGGCCUUACCCAAUGGCAAAACCCGCACCACCGUCACUAAGACCAUGAGCAAGAGGAAGAUGUCCCAGCACAAAGAGAAGAAGGCCACACAGAUGUUAGCCAUCGUUCUAGGUGUUUUCAUUAUAUGCUGGCUGCCCUUCUUCAUCACUCACAUCUUGAAGACUCACUGCACAAGCUGCUACGUGCCUCUGGAAAUGUACAACGCCUUCACGUGGCUCGGCUACGUGAACAGCGCCGUAAACCCCAUCAUUUACACCACCUUCAACGUGGAGUUCCGCAAGGCUUUCAUGAAGAUCCUGCAUUGCUGA